AUUCAAUUAAGAAUGAACCAAGAUAAUGCACAAGUUUCCAAUGAUAAUAUAGAUUAUGAAUGGAAUAAUGAAGAAGAUAAUGAAAACUGGCAAGAUGCAGAAGAACAGCCUACUAAUGAAUUACGUAAAGAUUCCACACAAAUACCUACUAUUGAUGAAACUGAACUUCGAAAAAAGAUUAAAGAAAUCCAUUCAAAUAAGAAUCUGACUGCAAAAGAAAAAGCAAAACAAAUUCAAUACUUAAUGUCUCAUGGCACUACUCAUCCUAAUCAUCUAAAUCAUUCGAACCUGGAUACUAAAACUGCUGGCUAUUGUAAAUCAUAUUACGAUGAAGAAAAACAAAUACUGGGUUGUAAACAUUAUCAAAGAAAAUGUAAACUACAAGCUAACUGUUGUCAAAAGAUUUAUUCUUGUCGAUUUUGCCAUGAUGACAUUGAAGAUCAUACGAUUAUUAGAAAUGAAACGAAAAAUAUGUUGUGUAUGAAUUGUAUGCAACUUCAGCCUGCUGCCAAGUCAUGUAGUCACUGUGGAGAGGAAGCGGCACAUUAUUACUGUGAUAAAUGUAAGCUUUGGGAUAAUGAUCCAAAAAAAUCAAUUUAUCACUGUGAUGAAUGCGGUAUUUGUAGACAAGGUAAAGGUCUUGGUCAAGACUUUUUCCAUUGUAAAAAAUGCAAUAUUUGUUUAAGUAUGUCUAUGAAAAAACACAAAUGCAUUGAAAGAAAUCUAGAGUCGGAUUGUCCAAUUUGUGGUGAAUACAUGUUUACAAGCACUUCAACUGUUAUAUUUAUGCCUUGUGGACAUUGUAUACAUAAACAUUGUUAUACCGCUUAUAUUCAAACUUCAUAUCAAUGUCCAACAUGUCUCAAGUCAUUAGGUGAUAUGUCUGAAUAUUUCAAUCGACUCGAUAAAGAUUUGGAGCGUCAGCCUAUGCCAGCUGAAUAUGAAAAAUAUAUAUCUCAUAUCUUUUGUAAUGACUGUGAGAAGAAAUCAGCUGCCAAGUAUCAUUUCUUUUAUCAUAAAUGUAAACACUGUAGUAGUUUUAAUACGACUGUUUUACGAACUGAAAAUACAGAAGAAGCUAAUAAGCAAAAGGAAGCUUCUUCAUCAUCAUCUUCUUCUUCCUCUUCUACAACUAAUAAUCUUGUUAUUCCACCAGAAGCAUUUAAUUCAGAUCAAGAAUUUAUAAAUCAAGCUAGUGGUACAGCAGGUAAUUCAACAUCAACUGCGCCUUACGAUAUGAAUUAUAAUCCCUCUUCAAGUUCCUCAAGAAAUGGGGUUGAAUCAAACGAAAAAUAAAAUAUUUCCUCCUUUUAUUAUUAUUAUUAUUCUUAUUCUUAUUGACCAGUAUUUCUUCCAAAAGUGUCUUCUAAUGCUCUUUGUACUUCUAAGUCUUCUUCAUC